UAUAACACAGCUGUCAAACUGCUCGGAGUUUGUGUCUGGAGGGAAGAUGUCGUGUGUGUACUGGAACAUCACUGAGUGGAUUGUAGAUGGUUGUUCUGUUUUAGACACAAACAUCAGCUACACUGUGUGUUCAUGUGUUCAUCUGUCAACAUUCGCUCUCAUCAUGCAAACCAGCAGCACGGCCAUAGAGGCUGAUCCACUGAUGGAAGUGUUGAAUUUAGUGGCUGUGUCGGUGGGUCUGGUGUUUAAUAGUUUGGCUCUGUUGACUUUUGUUUUCUGUCGAUGGAAACCUGGAGUGAACAAUGUGGCUCGAAUCAACCUCUGCAUAAGUCUGCUUAAAGCGGUGAAGAUUCUCUUCCUGAUCCUGAACUCACAGCAAGGAACCUUCAUCUUCCUGAUCUACUGUCUCCUCAAUAAUGAGGUCAGACAGCAGUAUGUGAAGUGGAUGAGAGCUCUGUUCCCCGGACUCAAACCCAAAACCACCAAAGACGCCCCCAUAAGACGCUGAGGACCUGAUGUUUCACUUUUAAUAGUUAUUACAGUAAAAUACUACAGAAGAAUCAUUUAUUUUAUAUUAUACAUGUCAAUCUGUAUAAGUCUUACUUCAGAGGUGUCUGAAUGUGUUUUUAUCAUCUCUAGCACAAGGAAACUCUUUAUUUGGUGGGGGGUAAUGUUUUAUAUUUAGAAACACUUGUUUUUAUAUUUACAAAUAUUCUUGUUUGUCUGGAAGAAAACAGUGGCAUUUCACUAUUUCAUGUUUCCUCAUUACGCUGAUUUUCAGUUCACUAUGACACAAUAGAAGAGUGAAAUUGAAUAUGUUAAACAGCCUCUUUUACUCAGUGCCGGCCCGAGCCUCUUGGGGGCCCUAAGCAGAAUUUGAUUUGGGGGCCCCCUCCCAGCAAGCGGAGUCACCUGUGCUUGAAGAUUAUUGACACAAAUGUCAUGCUAUAAUGUUACAUUAUAAAUGAACAAAAAUACUCAAACGAUAAUUAAAUAAAACACUUUACUCUUCAACUUCUGAAUACAAACUGUCACAAAACAAGAAAUAAAUAAUUUGCAAAUGAAAAUUUAAAUUAAAUGUGCAAUCUUUUAAAUACAUUUAGGCAUUUGGCAGACGCUUUUAUCCAAAGCAACUUACAUUGCUUUAUCCUAUACAUUUUACUUAGGUAUUUGCAAUCCCCUGGGAUCGAACCCACAACCUUUCGUUGUUAACACAAUGCUCUUACCACUGAGCUACAGGAAAGCUGUAUAAAACCAUAAUAGACAAACAUUCAUAUUUAUUGGUGCAACCAACAUGGUAUUGGUAUAUUUUAACAUUCACUUCAACACACACAGCAAUGCUAGCGGGCAUCCCUUUAACUUAUAAGGUUAAGUUCCCCGUCGGCUGUUUUCUCCAACUUAAACUGAUGUCUAUUAUCAAUACGUGAAAUACACCUAGAUAAAUGUAUAUUAAUAAUGCAAGAUAUUUCACUGUUAAUGGCGGGGAUUUAAUUCUAGCUCUGGUGAGGGCUUAUAUAAGAUCACGAGUCAUGGCUAGCAGCUACCUCAAGCGACGUGAGCACAAUUUUCACUAAUCAUGCAAACAUACCUUUAUAUUGCUCUUUUUUCUCCUCCUCUGUCCUUUUCUC